AUGUCGAGCGGUGGUGAAAGCGAUGAUGCGCGCCUGACGCACCUGAAUUCCAUGAGAAAGAAGUUGAAGGAGGUGCAAGGUGGAGACAGACUGAAGCUGUGGCUGGAAUACACACAUUUGCAGGAUGAAGACCCGGAACUGCAGGACUGGAUGACCACCUGUCUCCCCUACCUACACUUGCAGUCGUGGUCUAUGGAUGAGCCCAAGCACCCCAAGGUCGUUUUCAAGUACACCGUCCAACGCAACAACUGUAACCGGUUGGGCAAUGCGCAUGGCGGCCAGAUUGCUAGUCUAUUCGACUUCGUAACGUCAAUGCCGUUGGCACUGAUAAAUAAACCUGGAUUCUGGUUUUACCUGGGGGUAAGCAGGACAUUGAACGUGACGUAUCUGAAGCCAAUACCGAACGGCGAGGAGAUAUUGGUCGAAGCGGAGCUUGUGAGCAUCGGCAGAACGCUGUGUUCGAUACGAGGGACAAUGAGGAGGGAGAGUGAUGGAACUUUGCUGGCUACAUGUGAACAUGGAAAGUACAAUACGGAUCUCGAGCCCAGCAGUAAAAUAUAG